AACCAUAUUUUGAGCAGGUAUCUGCACAGACCCAGCUGAACCAGAAAGACAAAACGUAACGGAAAUUGUACCGGCAGCCAUCGGCUAUGACCACCGCUUUAAAGCCACCAAUUGGGUUGCGCCCCCUCCAACCACCACCGCUUUUCCCUGUUUCCAAAUCGCUAAAGUUCCCAACAACUCAGCUUCCCAGAAUCAACUGUAGCCACUCCUCUUUCGAAGUUCGAGAGGUUAGCUAUCAACCCCCGGGGACUCAGCUUAAACUUCUAAAUUCAGUUAGCUUUUCACUUCCAGAGAAAAGUUUUGGCCUAAUUUUUGGACAGAGUGGAAGUGGAAAAACAACCCUAUUGCAGCUUCUUGCAGGUAUAUGCAAACCAACCUCGGGAUCUAUUUACAUCCAAAAGUAUGGGAAUGACGGAAAUCCUAGUCAAACUCCAGAGCCCUUGGUGCCAGAAAGGGUUGGUAUUGUCUUCCAGUUUCCUGAGAGGUAUUUUGUGGCAGAUAAUGUGCUUGAUGAAGUCACUUUUGGUUGGCCAAGGCAAAAGGGUAGCCAUCACCUUAGGGAGAAUCUUACUCUAGGGCUACAGAGGGCAAUUAACUGGGUUGGAUUAAGUGGGAUAUCAUUGGAUAAAAAUCCUCACUCCCUCAGUGGUGGUUACAAACGCCGUCUUGCCUUGGCAAUACAAUUGGUGCAAACCCCUGAUCUAUUGAUAUUGGAUGAACCUCUUGCUGGACUCGAUUGGAAAGCACGUGCUGAUGUUGUGAAGCUGUUGAAGCAUUUGAAAAAGGAACUAACUGUGCUAGUUGUUAGUCAUGAUUUGAGAGAAUUUGCAAGUCUAGUUGAUCGAUCAUGGAGAAUGGAAAUGGGUGGAAACCUUAAAGAAGAAUUUCUACCAUUUGCUCAUUAUUUCCAGUUGAGCUACUGCUUAUUUGCCCAAGCUGUGGUGGGUUCCAAUUGAUCGUACGGUGUUGGGACCACUCUCUUGAUUUGGUAUCUGGAUGAAAUUUUUUGCCUUUGUCUGGAUUUGUGGGCUUCCCAUUAUCAUAUUCAUGGAAGAAUUCAUGAGAAACAUUUUGCAUCUCAUCUUUGUGGGAUUUAAUGAAAUCCUUUCCGUUUAUGGGGCUUUCAGGAUAGACUUUUCUGUGAAACAAACGUAGAGCCUGCAUACCCUGAUGAAUGAAUCAAAUAAUUUAUGAUAACGUCAUAGUAUUCAAUGUAUUUUCAAGACAUUCAUAUUGAAAUUGAGAGUUUGCUUUCAUAGCUAAAUUAUUCUGGCACUUUACUUAUCAGGACUGACAUUUGGAACAUUACUCUUUGACAAAGUUAUAUUUAGUUUAAUUCCUUACCGGAAUACCUUCUGUUCAAGUUCUUUAGAUAUGUUUAAUAAAUUUCAGAUGUUCAUA